UGGCGAUCAACAACAACAGCAACAUGGGAGAUCACGCUGCCAAAUAUAAUUUCCAAUAUUUAGCUGGGAAAAAAUGCAAAACAUUGGAAGACAAAGAUACCCAGGAAUAUUUAAUGAAAUGGUCAAUGAAGGACAGGAUAUGUGUGCAGACGUUUAGUUUUGACCAACCUUUCCAAGCCUACCAGAAGAAAGACUUUGUGUUGGACUUUAUGAAAGACCCUACAGUUUUGGCCAAUCUCCGCCUCCUUACCUCCAGUGGCAAAUGGCAGUCAGUGGGAACAGCAGCGACAUCUGUGAAGAUAGAAGAUAUGAACUGUUCAGUUUUAUCCUUAUCAUUUUUUGACCGCCUGUACCAAACAAAUGUGGUUAGAGAAUCUGGCCAAAUUCACAAAUGCUUUGAUGAAUUUGCUGAAGACUUCCAGAUUUCAGACGAAUUAAGAAAGAUGCUACUGAUAGACGACUCUGACAACUACUGUUUGUUCAAUGACGAUGAGAGGAAUGAGUUACUGUUCCUGAUUUUCUCUCACUUGUGUCUUGGAGGGCAGGUCUGUCAGUUUGAGGACACAGUAGACCCUUACCUGUCCAUCUCAAAGGCUCUCUACAAGGAUCUUGUCAGCGUACAGAAGGACCCAGAAACCCAUCAGUUGCACACGAUAUCAAAUGUCUUCAAGAUAACUGCAUCGAACGAUGAUGGACAGUUCUAUCCCGCCCCAGCUGAUCAUCCUCAGAACUUUGCCUAUCUCGUGGUCGACCCGCUCAAACGCAUAGUCAGUGUACUUUACCAUCGGUUUGGCAGUUGCGUUUUCUCCUGAAAGUUGCCAUUUCUAGAGGAUGUACCAAUUGUCAAAAACUCAUAGAUGUGAUAGUUAUUUGUUUUAUUCAUGAGAUAUUGUAUUUAUUUUAAGUUAUGUCAAAACACCUCAUUUUGCCAAUGUAAUUUCGAAAGAUUUUUCACCAUUGUCAUCAGUUCUGCAUGACACUUCAGUGACAGCAGCACUUUGUCAGCAUGGAGUUACCCUGCUACAAGAAGACAUUAUAUGUACACACACAUAAUGACUCCUCGUCGUCAUAGGACUUGCCUGUUAGUGUAGUUAGACCUGCUAAUUACAUUGCUAAGUAUGACAUUAAACCCCAAGCUUACAUACAUACAUACAUAUAUACCAUUACCAUCAAUAAAGAAAGAAUCUAUUCAAAGACCAUCUAGACAACACCGUUUCUUAUUUCUGUUCAAAAGCUGGUUACAUGUAUAUCUUAGAAAUUGUUGUUCGGUUUUCCAAAAUUGUCAUUUUUAGGUAGAGAUCUUUUAUGGAAUUAUUAGUUAACAUUGCUUCAAACCUGGAAAAGAACACAGUAGGUCUACACACAAGACCACAUGAACCUUCCUCAAAGCAAACAUAGCAGGUGCUAAUCUCACUGAAAGGAUCGUAAGUAUAAAACUACACUUCAGUGUUUAAAAUAGUAUCAAAAUGAAUUAUAGAAAUGAAAAAAAAAAUUAAGAACAGUUAUUCCUCAUUUUUACAGGGCAGAUCAUGUAAUUAGAAAAUCCAGUUCAUGUAGAUUUUCCUUCAGCACUCAGGAUUUUUGUCGAAAGUGAUGUCACAUGCAAAAUGAAGUGACAGAAGUACUGCUGGCAUUUUCACAAACACAAGCUUGAUCAGGACUCCUUUAAAGUCAAAUCUAGCUACAUUGCUACUCCCUCUACUGACUUAUCACUCACUGUGUGAAGAAAUACCUGCUCUCGGCUUUUCCAAUGUUGGACCAAUCAAGUUUUGGGCAUGUCCCUCACCAGUGUUGUAUUUACACUGCUUCCCAUGGUGCAAUGUCAUUACAAUGCAUGUAGUAAUACUAAUUAAGUAUACCUCAUGAAAUAAGUCGGUACAGAAAUCUUUAGUCAUCUUAGUGUAUAACGUUGGUGCUAAUGACUAUUAUUAUUUAUUAUUAUUAUUUUAUGUAAUUUACUGGAUCCUUUUUUCAUAUAAUCACCAACAUUCAGUUUCUCAUGACGCAGUAUUUACAUAAAUUCAUCUUUGAUUUCAAGACUCCAAAGAACUUUCAACACAUUUUACUAGACAGACAUGAAAAUGGUUGUUUGACAAUUGAUUUGUAUACAUUACAAUCUAGCAUAAGACACAUUUAGUUGAAAAACAUUUGUGUGUUCAAGCCAUUCUGACCCAAUAAAAGAAAAAGC